AGCUCGGGAAUAGGACAAGGUUCAACCAUGGCGAGCCGAGGAGCGAAGGGAGCCGGCGCUGCGGGUGGCGUCCUCAAGGCCUCCGACCUGCAGAAGUUGAGCCUGGAUCAGCUCAAAGCCGUCAAGGAGCAGUCGGAUCUCGAGGUCAAUCUACUCGAAGAUAGCCUGAAGAAGAUUAGCGUCGCCGCCGCCCGCCUGGAGGCGGCGGCGUCCGCCCUCGAUGAUCUCUCCCUCCGACCUAAAGGGAAGAAGAUGCUGGUACCCCUCACCGCGUCGCUCUAUGUUUCCGGAACUCUCGACGAUUCUGAGAAGAUCCUCGUCGACGUCGGCACUGGAUAUUUUAUCGUGGUUCUUCCUGUUCUCCUGCUAUUCUGCUAAUUGAUAUGAAUUUAGGCAAAAUCCUUUGUUGGGUUUUUAUCGAUAAAUGUGAAAUUUUGGGUGCCCUUGGUGCGUUUGCGAAUCACUUUGUCCUGUUUAGAAGCCUCUCUCGUAAUGUUGAUCAAGUUUUUCUUCUGAAAGAUUUAAUCUUCAGUCCUUUCAAGCUUAGUAACAACACUCUUACCUUAUUGCCUGUAGUAUUACAAUACUUUAGCUAAGUGUCUUGAAGAGCCUGGGAAGUUUGAUUUCUGCUUUA